AUGCCUAUGAUGUGGUUAUUUUUAACAACAACUUGCUUGAUACAUGAAACUUUAAGUGUUAGUGAACUCUUCGAUUUGGAAAAUGAAGUGAAUCCGGAAGUGUGGAUGAAUACUAGUGAAAUCAUCAUCUACAACGGCUACCCCAGUGAAGAGUAUGAAGUCACCACUGCAGAUGGGUACAUUCUCACCCUCAACAGGAUUCCCCAUGGAAGGGCACAAGCUGGACUCACAGGUACCCGGCCAGUUGUGUAUAUGCAGCAUGCCUUGUUUGCAGACAACGCCUACUGGCUUGAGAAUUUCGCCAAUGGAAGCCUCGGGUUCCUUCUAGCAGAUGCAGGCUAUGAUGUGUGGAUGGGAAACAGUCGGGGGAACACUUGGUCAAGAAGACACAAAACUCUCUCAGCAAAUGAAGAGAAAUUCUGGGCUUUUAGCUUUGAUGAAAUGGCCAAAUAUGACCUCCCGGGGAUAAUAGACUUCAUUGUCAAUAAAACAGGUCAAGAGAAGUUGUACUUCAUUGGACAUUCACUCGGCACUACAAUAGGGUUUAUAGCCUUUUCCACCAUGCCUGAACUGGCACAAAGAAUCAAAAUGAAUUUUGCCAUGGGUCCUGUGAUCUCAUUCAAAUAUCCCACAAGCAUUUUUACCAGUUUUUUCCUACUUCCAAAUUCCAUAAUCAAGCAUAUAUUUGGUACCAAAGGUUUCUUUUUAGAAGAUAAGAAGGCAAAGGCAACUUACAUCAAAGUCUGCAAUAGAAAGAUACUCCGACCAAUGUGUAGUGAGUUUAUGUCCCUGUGGGCUGGAUUCAACAAAAAAAAUAUGAAUAUGAGCCGACUGGAUGUAUACAUGUCACAUGCUCCCACAGGAUCAUCAAUACAGAACAUCCUGCAUAUAAAACAGCUUUACCGAUCUGAUGAAUUCAGAGCUUAUGACUGGGGAAGUGAAGCAGAAAAUAUGAAUCACUACAACCAGAGUCGUCCUCCCAUCUAUGACCUGACUGCCAUGAAGGUGCCCACUGCCAUUUGGGCUGGUGGACAUGAUGCCCUCAUAACACCACAAGACGUAGCCAGGAUACUUCCCCAAGUUACAAAUCUCCGCUACUUCAAACUAUUUCCAGAUUGGAACCAUUUUGAUUUCGUUUGGGGCCUUGAUGCACCCCAAAGGCUGUACAGUAAAAUCAUAGGUUUGAUGAGGGAAUAUCUCUAAAUCCAAUCCAUUCUUUCAGUCAUAAAAGGCUUUAGGGAAAACACCAAUGAAUGGUGAGGUUAUCUGCAGCAUUCACUUGCAAUAGCACUUGAAGUGUUCCUGAGUCUCCGUGCUCCACCCAGGAAAGAUCUGACAUGUGCUUCUCAAAGAAAUGUCUAAAUCUGACAUUUUGGGGCAUUGUCCCCUUGACAAGGAUCAG